AUGGCAAGCUACUUCCCCCAUGGGGCUACAAACAGCCAUGCGUCAAUGAGAUCUCCUUCUCCGGCUGCUUCGCCGCUGUCGCCCCCUCCUCAACGAUCAAACGCCCUGUCGAAUCGACUGACCAGCGUACUGUCGGCCUCCUAUGCUGACUCGGACAUUCGCGAUGCGCUGGAGACGCUCAGUCUCCGGGGGAUACACAACACGGCUGAAACGAGGAGACAGCUACGAUUAGACGUGCAGAAAGAAGUCGUGGAUUCUAAUGCAGAGAUUGUGCGUGACUUCGGGACCGUCGCAGAGCAAUUGCAACGGAUCGGAGCGGUGAUAUCGAGCUUGAACCAGACAUGCGAGGAAAUGCGACAGCACAUCUUCCUGGCCAAGCAGGACACGACCCCGGUGCUUGAGGAGGCGUCUGCACUCGUCAGCCAGAAGCAGGAGUCCGAGACCAAGCAGCAGCUACUCGAUGCGUUCGCGAAGCACUUCAUAAUCCCAGAGGAGGAAUUGCCGGUUCUCACAUCGUUGGAAGAGCCGAUCGACGAUCAUUUUUUCAAUGUGCUCGCUCGUGUGAAGCAGGUGCACCACGAUUGCGAAGUCUUACUGGAGGGCGAGAACCAGAGACUUGGUCUGGAGCUGAUGGAGAAAAGCUCUAGGACCCUAAACUCUGCGUACCAGAAGCUUUUCCGCUGGAUCCAGAAGGAGUUCCAGUCGCUCAAUCUCGAGGAUCCGCGAAUUAGCAGCUCCAUCAGGCGUGCUCUGCGAGUCCUGGCGGAACGGCCUAGCCUGUUCCACAGCUGCUUGGACUUCUUCGCCGAAGCGCGGGAUUAUGCCCUGUCGGAUGCCUUUCACUAUGCACUCACCGAUGCAGUCUCUGGUACUGGUGGUGAUCGCAGUGUCAAACCAAUUGAGUUUUCUGCCCAUGAUCCUCUACGAUACGUCGGCGACAUGCUCGCGUGGGUACACUCCAGCACGGUGUCGGAACGAGAAGCCCUCGAGGCUCUGUUUGUGGCGGAUGGGGACGAAAUCGCUAAAGGCAUCCAAGCCGGGCUGAGCAGCGAGCCGUGGUCCCGUAUCGACGAGGAAGAGGAAGUCUCCUUCGACGGCCAAAAGGCUCUGAGCGAUCUUGUCAAUCGAGAUCUCAUCGGGGUGUCUCGAUCCCUACGGCAGCGGGUUGAGCUGGUCAUCCAGGGCCAUGACGACCCCGUCUCUUGCUACAAGAUCGUCCAUCUCUUCCUGUUCUACCGAGCCACCUUCUCCAAACUGCUGGGACCACAGUCCAAUCUGACGGAGUUGAUGGAGACACUGGAGAAGUUCGCAUUUACUCGGUUCGAAAGGAUCAUGCGUGAACAGGUCACCGUUCUCUCCAGCGACCAUUCCGCCCUGACUCCUCCAGAGGACCUCAGCGCACCGGAGUUCUUCCUCGACGCCCUGGAGGCAUUGACCUCCCUCAUGAAAACCCACGACGCCUCGCUGGGCACAGAAGACGCCGACCGCGCACCCGCCGCCGAGAACCAGUUCACCCCUGUCCUCCGCGCCGCAUUCGAUCCCUACCUCGAGCUCGCCCGGUCGUCCGCAACAGAGCUUCAGGACGCAACCGCCCGCGCCAUGUACACAACCAACAUCCUCCUGACCGCGCGCUCCACGAUCUCCGCCUUCCCCUUCGCCAGCGCAACACACCUACCUCCCAUCUCGACCGCCCUCUCAGACCUACGCACGGACCUCCUCGGAAUCCAGCACCGCUACCUCCUCGACGCCUCAGGCCUGGGACUCCUCCUCACAGCCCUCGAGCCCUUCUCCCCAUCCACCACCACCACCAUCACCACCACCAAACCCAAACCCGACACCAACCCUGAAGAUACAGACACAGACACAACCCUCCCAACAAAGAAACCACCCCCCAACAUCGCCGCCAUCGCCACCCUCCCCGCCUUCCAGCCUGACGCCCUCAUCGCAACCAGCCAGCAGCUGGACGACUUCCUCCCCUCAGCACUCAUGGAUGCGACGGAGAACCUGAAGCGCCUGCAGAGCGCCACGUUCGUCAAGAGCGUCACCGAGGAAGCAGUCGAGGCGUUCUGUCGCGACUUUGAGUUCGUGGAGGGCAUGAUCAUCGGCGCGGAUGAGGCUGCGGGGAGAGUGGAUAUUGCACGGGUCGAUGGGGAUGGGGACAAUGAGGCGGAGAUCCAUGAGGGAGAGGAGCUGAAGCUCGAGCAGGAGAUGGGAUUGAGGAGGCUCUUCCCUCGAACGACGGGUGAGAUCCGGGUGCUGCUUAGCUGA